AUGGCGGCAUACACUAGAAAGAUUGUAACACCCCCGUCUCUCUGUGUUUACAGCGUGAAGGGCUCCCCUCCAGAUGCUUCUGAGUCAAGCGACAGCCUGCAUCUUGAUGAGUACACGGCUUUGUACACUUAUGAGUCUCCGGAGCCGGGGGAUCUGACCUUCAGAGAGGGAGAUUUGAUCCUGGUGAGCAAGAGAGACGGAGAGUGGUGGCACGGCUCGAUAGGAGGCAGCUCCGGCGUCUUCCCCAGCAACUACGUCAAACCCAAAGAGGCCGAUACAUCCAGUUUAUCUGCAAAGAAGAAGCCAGAGAUCGCCCAGGUGAUGAAGGCCCACCCCUCCACCGGCCCUGAACAGCUCAAUCUGGAAAAUGGCCAACUCAUCCUCAUCCUCGGCAAGAACAACUCUGGCUGGUGGCUCGGAGAGCUGCAGGCCCGUGGCAAAAAGCGUCAGAAGGGCUGGUUUCCUUCCUCUAAUGUCAAAGUACUGGGAUCCUCCAGCGGCAAAUCCACACCAGCACCUCAACCAGUGUGUCAGGUGAUCGCCAUAUACGACUACAUAGCCGCCAACGGGGAUGAGAUGAGCUUCUCUAAAGGUCAGCUGAUCAACGUGUUUGACAAGAACAACCCUGAUUGGUGGAGGGGAGAGAUCAACGGCGUCAGUGGUCUGUUCCCCAUCAAUUACGUUAAGAUGACCACAACAGAAUGUGACCCCAGCUCAACGUGGCGGUAGAAAUUCCUCUUCCUCUUCCUUCUUCCUACUCCUGACUCCAGAGAGACCCACUAGUACACUCUGCUCUGAAGUGGCACUGUGUCUGGACUCCCUUUCUACCAACUUAUUGAACUAAUGGCUGUGUGAUAGAGGAAACAGUGGGAGA